GUUCUUGAUGACUUUGAGUACAUGAAGCUUGAAGAAGAACAACAGGAGUUGAACAUGGAGGAAACAAAGGUGCGUUCUUCAUUCACUAGAUUAUUUUUGGAACCUCCUCGCAAACUUCUCAGAGUCUGCGAACGAGCUCUCAAGAAGGAUCCCAACUUGGAGAGACUGGAGGCAGUUGUGAAGAAACUUGAUAAAGUUUCAGCUGAGGUCAGUACUUUCCUUCAUCUCAUCGAAAACGCAAAGCAAGAGCAGCAGGAGCUGGAGCUCAAGUUGUACAGAGAUCGUGAAACAGGAUGCUUGCCUAAAAAUGAUCUCAUCGGUCGACGCAAGGAGAAGGAUUUUGUUAUGCAGUGGUUAAGGAAGCCAACAAAUAAAGAUCCAAAUCAUACUUUGUACAAAAAUAUUUCUCUUCUAUCCAUAGUGGGCCAUGGUUGCAUGGGCAAGACAACUCUUUUACAACACAUCUAUGAAGAUCUGAAAGAAGAAUUUGAACUGAAAAUGUGGGUUUGUGUUUCCAACCACUUUGAUGCAAAAAAGGUCAUUGCCGAUAUGUUGGAAUGUCUUAACAAGGAGAGGCCUCGUUUGGAGUCACUCGCCGCUUUUCAAGAGAGUCUUAAAGCUGUCGUACAAUCCAAAAGGUUCUUGCUUGUUCUGGAUGACAUUUGGGAGGAAGAUAUGAGCAAAUGGGAGAAUGUACUCUGCCCUCUAGUUUACGGAGGUUUGGGAAGUAAAAUUUUGUUGACUACCCGGAUGGAUUCAGUUGCAUCUGAGAUUGCAAAGGUUAUUAAAAAGAAGAUGGAAUCACUGAGAAUAAAGGGGUUGGAGGAAGAUGUGUGUUUGAAGCUACUCAACACCCAUGCAUUUCUUGGUGUAGCGAACCUUGGUUCCCAUAAAAAAUUAAUAGACAUUGCUAGUUCGAUAGUUAAAAAGCUUUCAGGAUCUCCAUUAGCCGCGAAGGUCAUCGGUGGUGUUCUCAAUUCUAACAUGAACGAAACCUUUUGGAAGAACAUUUUAAAUACUACUGAUAUUCUAAACGUAAAAUUAGAACCGGGGCACAAUAACAUUUUGCCUAUCUUAAAAUUGAGUUUUACGUUCCUCCGACAACCUCUACAAAAUUGUUUUGCAUUUUGUGGCAUAUUCCCACAAGAUCAUGAGUUUGAUAAAGAUGAUUUAGUCCGAAUGUGGAUUGCAUUGGGUUUCAUUCAGGAAUCUUCUAUUGAAGGAGAGACUUUGGAAGCUAUUGGAGGAAGGUAUUUUGAUGUUUUGGUCAGAAGAUCUUUCUUUGACGAGUUUCAGGAUGACAAAAGAAUAUACUAUAAAAUGCAUGAUUUAUUACAUGAUUUGGCACAGUCUAUUUCUUCGGAGGAAUGUUGCGGAUUUGUGGGAGAUAAUGUAUUAUCUUUUAAAAUUCCUAACAAUGUUCGACAUUUAUUUGUUAAAACUGGAAAUCCAGAAGUGUUGAGAAUGAUCAAAGAUGUAAAGAAUCUACAUUCACUUUUUUUUAUUAAUGGAAAUGUUUUUGAAGAUUUUACUGAAGUAUUUACUGAAAUUUUCAAGGCAUCAAGAUGCAUUCGUUUGUUGUUCAUAGACUCUCCACAACAGAUAAAGAUGUUUGAGGCUAUUAAAAAUUUGAGACAUCUUCGAUAUUUGAAUUUUAAUGGAAGUCUCACUCAGAUGCCAAGAUCUCUAAGCAGUCUUUAUCAUUUGCAGUUCAUAAUCUAUAACAAUUGUGUUGGAGGAACUUGCUCUGAUGAUUUCUUGCCAAGCGAUUUGAGUAAUCUUUCUAAUCUGCGUCACUUGAAAUUGCCCCUGAAUGCAUUUUCUAGAGUACCUGGAAUUGGGAAAUUAAGGUCACUUCAAGAACUAAAUGAGUUUAAUAUUAAGAAUGAGAAUGGUUAUACAAUUGGUGAGUUGGAACAUAUGAGCGAGUUGCGCAAAUUAAAAAUACAUUUUCUGGAAAAUGUGAUGGAUGCUAGAGAGGCCCGCAAUGCAAAAUUAUUUGAGAAGAGAAAACUCAAAGAUUUAUUCUUGAACUGGGGCAAUACUGUUGAUGAAUGGAACCCAGACAUGGGAGUUGGAAGCCGACGGAACAUUGUCAAUUCUGACUUAGAUGUGAAUGUGCUUGAAAAUCUUAAACCAUACGAAAAUCUAAAGAGAUUGUCCAUAGUUUCAUACAAGGGCGAAAGCUCUGCAGAAUGGAUGUACAAUGCAGAUUUGAUCUCCAAUCUGGAGUACAUCAGUCUGAACGGGUGCGCGAAGUGGGAAACUCUUCCACCUUUUGGGCAGUUUCCCCACCUCAAGUCGUUGUACCUUUGUAACAUGCCAAAAGCAAAGCGGCUUGAUUAUAAAUUCCAUGGGAAUGACAAGGUUUCUGUGUUUCCAUCGUUGGAGGUGCUAAAUAUGGAGGGAUUACAAGCAUUGGAGGAUUGGUUUGAUGGAGCAGGAGCAGCAGCAUAUGACCAUUUCUUUCCUUGCUUAACUGAACUCUUCCUCCAUAACUGCCCAAAUCUGCAGGAGUUGCCCUAUUUGCCUCCUAAGCUCAAGAAAAUGAAGAUACAAAACAUCGGAUGGAAGGCUGCUUUGAAUUGCAAGCAAGGCUCUAACAGCUGUUGUGGCAAUUCAAAAUCCAUUCCCCUUGAAAGUUUAGAGGUCCUUUCGUGCCCAAACAUCACAACUCUUCUUCAGGUGGAUGUAAGACUCGAAGCACUGAGAAAAUUGAGAAUUGAAGGUUGCCCCUAUCUGAUUUCUCUGGGUGGACUGCAACAAGUGGAUAGUGGCAUUGAGAAAUUCCAGCUUAUUCUCAGUGAAGUUGUUAUAGAUGACUCAUCCAUGCUGCCAACGGUAAGUAUGGCGGCCUCCUUGGAGAAGCUUGCAAUUUGUAAUGAUGAUGUGCUGGUUUCUUAUACAGUUGAGAUGGAGCAGUGGUUCGUGCAAGUUAGCUCAUCCCUUCGUGGGUUGAGCUUUGAAGGCCUCAAAUCCCUGCAGUCUCUCCCAUCCUCCUUGGAACGCCUCUCUUCACUUAAGAUUCUACGUGUCAAAGAUGUUCCUCAGCUCCAGCAGCUUCUACACAUCCCCGCCUCCUUGGAACAAUUGCAUCUUAAUUGCCUGGAAUCAUUGCAGUGCCUGCCAUCUUCUUUGUCGGCUAUCUCAUCCCUCGAGGAUCUAGAAUUAGAUAGCAUUCCACUCCUCAAAUCAUUGCCAGACCUCCCUCCCUCUCUGUCUCGUCUUAAAAUAAAUGAGCUUGAUAACCUACAGUGCCUGCCAUCUUCUUUGUCGGCCAUCUCAUCCAUCAAGUAUCUAAAUUUAGGUAGAAUUCCAGUCCUCAAAUCAUUGCCAGACCUCCCUUCCUCCUUGGAUUCACUGUCUCUAUGGAGCUUUGAUAACCUAGAGUGCCUGCCAUCUUCUUUGUCGGCCAUCUCAUCCCUCAAACGUCUAUCGUUAUGUAACAUUCCACUCCUCAAAUCAUUGCCAGACCUCCCUUCCUCCUUGUCUAGACUGGUUAUAGUAAAUUGUCAUCUAAAGUUGAUAAAGCGAUAUAAAAUACUUUCAGGCUCUGAAUGGCACAAGGUCGCACACAUUCCUCGUGUCCUAUUUGUGUAAUUGGCAUCAUUCCAACUCAAUCUCUUCCCAUCAAUAUGUGAAUAUGUGAGGUGAGGAAUUGUAUUCAUGUCAUGCUAUACUAUGCACAGACUUAUUUAUGAUUGUAAUAACUAAUAUCUGACUGAUUUUGAUGAACAAUGGUUUGGUCUUAGGAAUUUCGAUGUCAGUAUUAAUUUUAUUUAAGAGUUGUUGUAUUUGUAUGGAUUAG